GGUAUGUUUCUACUGGUCUUUCAGUUCCUUCAGUCUUCUGAUGGCGGACUUCACUGUGAUGGCAGAAGUCGUGUUGUAGGUCCAGGCCCCACCAGCCACUGUUUUUAUCCAGGCACCUCCCUCUGGACCGCCUCCUUUUGGAGUCAUUUCCUCUAUCCCCGCCCUGAGACAGUGGCUCCCACGAGGUCCGAAUCCCUUCGCUGCUGGCAGAAGUGAAAGAAGAGCAGAUUGGCUUUGCAAACCGGGCAUAUCAUGUUGUGCUGCCCUCAUCCAAAGCCCACUGAGUCCAUCUUGUGAAGUCAUACACUGGAAUGGUGGUCUUGAUUUUCCUGGACGAAUACUCUGAGGAAAAGAAAAGCUAUGGGACCUGCUAGUACCUCGAGUUUAUUGUCUAGAGAGAAAGGUGCUGCAAUUACAGGCAAGCUGCCACACCCACCUGGCAUGCACAUGAGUUAUGGGUGUUUCAAGUCCAGUCCUCAGGCUUGCAUGGUCCUUCCAGUUGCACAAUUUGCUAGUGUUCCAGCUACACCUGUUCUGUCAAGCACUGUGUAGUCCAUACUGUAAAAUCAAAGACCUGAAACUAAUUUUCUGCCACCUCCAGCAUCUUGUGUCAGGGAUCUCCUCUCAGUAUUUGAAACCAACCGGUAUGUGAGAGUUGGAAUUUGUGACAAGUACCCUGGAAGGUUCCAGAAUGAAGCUUCUAUGUGAAUGAUGAAAACAGCAAAGCUGUAUAUUGCAGACAUUGAGGAAAAUGACAGUAGGAUACUUUGUUGUUUUUAUUCAUAUCAUUCUUGCCAAUUUCUGUUUCUGUGAGGGGGAUGUGAAUAAGGCAAUGGAGUAAUUCUUUUGUUCUCUAAAUUUUGUACAGGUGCCUUAGCUCUUCUGAUUCUGGUAGGGUGCUAGCUUCCAUUCUUAGCAUGAAUCAGUGGCUCACUGAGCUUGUGUUUUGUCAAACCAAAUCAGAAGCCACAGCUUUGCAAUCUCUCUGUGAAAGUUUAAAAGAUCCAGAUUGCAAGUUAAAGAAUGCUCAAUUAAGUUGUAAUUGUUACUAUUUUGCAAUGAUUUUUUUAAAUAUAAAAUCUAAUAUAGGUGUUAUCUUGCAUGUAUUUUGAUCACAGAGGAGUCACCGAAAGGAACAAUAACAGUGACAAUCUCUCAAAAUGUCCCCAUGUAACAUGGUUAGCAAGGGAGUUUAUAUUUCAGCUGUAAAUAUAUGUCAUAACUCACAUUUAUUGAAUAAUUACUUUGUACUAAUUGUGUGAAAUGCUUUGUAUGCAUGAUUUCCUUUAAUCUCUGCAAUAACUCUGAGAGGUCCAGAUUAUUAUUCCAACUUCAGCAGAGGAGGAAAUGGAAGACUCACAUCAUUAGGCUAAAUAGAUGAAAAAAACAAGACAUAAUUCAAAAUCCAGAUAUAUCUGACUUUAAAGUUCAUGGUAUUUGUGCUGGCUAGUUUUAUGUCAACUUGACCCAACCUAGAGUUACCUGAAAGGAGAGGACCUCAGUUGAGAAAAUGCCUCCCUAAGUUAACUCAUUGUAUACAAUGCUUAUAAUAAUCCUAUUAGGUUUUAUUAUCUCUAUUGUAUGGCUAAAGAAAGCAAGGAUCCAAGGAAAUUUGACCUUUCUCAUUUCACAUAGCUAAGUGAUAUAUUAAGGAUGGGAUUCCAAAAUUUACCCCCAAAUCUGAUAUGCUUUCCAUUUCAUGCCACAUUUUGGAGAAAUUAUACUCAUAUUUGUUGAAUGUUAUUUUAAGAUGUGUUACAUUCAUUUAUGCUGUGGAAUGUUUAAUAAUACAAAGAUGUGUUACAUUCUUUUAUGUUGCAUUUGUUUAACUCUGUGAAGCUGUGUUACUUUCCUGUCUAAAGCACCUGAUGGUCUAAUAAAGAGCUGAAAGGCCAAUAGCGAGACAGGAAAGAGGAUAGGUGGGGCUGGCAGACAAAGAAUAAAUAGAAGAAGAGAGAGAAGAAAGGGGAAGGAGAAAAGGAGAAGGAGAGAGGACUGUGGUGAUAUUUUAUUUGUGCUCUAACAAAUAAAGCUUGCCUGAGGAUCAGAGAACAGAGCCAGCCACUAUAUUAAGCAUAGAGGUCAGGCAGUGGUAGCACAUGCCUUUAAUCUUAGCAUUUGGGAGGCAGAGAUUCAUCAGGAUCUCUAUGAGUUCAAGGCCACACUGGGAAUAGAGCCAGGCAUGGUGGCACAUGCCUUUAAUCCCAGCUCUAGUUAACCAUAGAAGUUUGGAGGUCUGUACAGACAUACAGGAAGUAACAGAGAUGGGCAGAAAGAGGAAGUAAUGUAGCUGAGCAGAGAGAGGAAAUAAGAUGGCAGGACACAAGGAAAAGCGAUGUAAAAAUUCUUGGCCUAUUGGCUGAAGAUGGAUGCCCCAGUGUUGCAGAGGAAUUUUGGAUGACUGUCUAGCCAUGGGACGGCAGAGCUGGGCAGGACCAGAGAAAACUUUCAAAUACAGAGGAUGCCAGGGGCCAGCCACACAGCCAGCAACAGAGUAAGAAGGCAAGAAAGAAAUAUAACAUGGAAAAAGGAAAUGAGAGCUUGUGGAUUCCUUCCAGGUUAAUAUGGAUCAGGUUUGAUCAAGGGAGAUCUCCUGAAUCUUGACAGAUUGUUGUCUCUUUGAUUCACGUGUAGCUUUCCUCAGAAUGGCAUAGAUCUCUUAUGGAAACCUCAGAUUGCCUCGGAGCUCACAAACCAGUCAAAGAGGAAAUAUUCCUAUGUAGUGUGAGUUACCAGAACGAAUGUUCUAAAAAGUAAGAACUUGCCUUAUGGACUGGUGACUCAAUAAGGAGAGCAGUGUGGCUGAUGCAGACGAGUGAGAGGUAAGUAUGGUAGAUGAGGUCGCAGAGGUGAUGGGGUUGGUGAGACAUGAAUUUCAGGGUCUUUAAAAUAUUCUAGUUUUUUUUUUUAAAAACUUUAAAAAUUUUUAAUAUUAUACUUUAUUUAAUACAAUGGAUUCCAGAUGUUAUUUCAACAUGUAAUCUGAUGUGUGUGCUGUACUACAACACAUCUCAAUUCAAACUAGCCAUUUUAAGAAUGAUUGAGAGUGAUUCACAGCAUUAACCUUUGGUCUACACAGGCAUGCAGACACAUAUGUCACAUAUAUGCCUAAUCGCAUGAAAAAUGGAAAAAGAUUUAAAAAAUUCCUAGCCACCUUGCAAGAGUUCAGAAUUCAUAGCUCUGAGAAAAACAGAUAAAGCACUAGACUUGAUUUAACUUGGAACCUAUUUUGCUCCAUCAGCAACAUAGAACAUAUUGAUUGAGGUACAGAUGAAAGCAUAAGGCAAUAUCACGUUGUAACUGUGAUAAUAGCGCAAAUGAAAGAAACAUUUUUAUUGUUAACAAGGCUUUGAGAAACAUUCUUCUUUUCACAUUCUUGUUUGAGAUUGAGGUUUAUGAACAGUUUCUGGUGGACAAGUUUGUAGUCCACCAAAAAUUUAAAUACCAGUGUUCUUUCAUUCAGCAAUCCUUCACUAGGAACCUAAUCUACAGAAACAAUUAUACAACCUAUAGAUACCUAAUUGACAAAAAUGGUCAUAUGAAUGGGCAAAAUAUAAGCAAAAGAUGUUCUUUGCACCAUUGUUCAUAGUAGUAAAACAUGGAAAUGAUUUAUUCUAUUAUUAAUUUUCUAUUGGUAUAGAAGAAGGUAUAGUAUGCUUAUACUAUGAAAUAUUAUGUAGUCUUCAAAACAAGUAGGGCAGACCUGAAGAUGUAAUUGGACAUAAAGGCAAAGAUAAUAAAGAUGCUUUUUAUGUAGGAAAAUCAAAUUAUAGAGUAAUAUGCAUAACAUGAUCAAUUUUCUGUUAAAAAUCAUUGUGUGUCUCUUGAAAGGAUUUUGUUUCUAGGUUUUGCUUGUUUGUUUCUUUGAGACAGAAUCUCAGACUCUUGCCUAGGUUGGUCUUGAACUCUCAGAAAUCUUCCUACCUCAGCCUCUCAUGUACUGGGAUUAAAGGCAUAUGAGCUACCACACUCCAGUUCAUUGUGUGUUUCUGUGUGAAAUUGCAUAGAAAAUGCUAACAGCCUGUUGCUUUCAUGGAAAGAAAAUGGAAAAGCAGUUUAAAAAUUAUAAAGCCCUCUAAAAAUGUGAAGACUCAUAUUUUAUGUGCCAGUUAAUGGACCACUUCUUUUGAGCAGUGGCCAAGCAACAUAAAAAUUCAGUUCCAAGUAGGUAAUUUGCAUGAUUUCCUAGAGUUUAAUGGAACUCCUGAGUUUUAUGUAGCAGCAGUAUAGAUAUUUUACUUGAAUGUUCCAGAGUGUUUUGUGUGAACUAUCCCGAUACAGAUAGGUUUACUCUACUUCACUAAUCUUAAAGCCAACUACUUUAGUCAUGUAGCAUUAGUCAGCAAGCUUUUCCAUGCUUAGUGUCUAGCAUUCCUCUAUGGCUAGGUGGCUAGACAUCCAGGUUUGUCUGGGUCUAUCUCAGUUUACCCUCUCCAUCUCGUAUAAUUGCCAAUAAUGCCCUUUUCAUUCCACCAAGUAUCCUAGUUAUAAUGAAUGCCUUAGGGUUUCUAUUGCUGUGAUAACACAAGAUAAAAAAAAAAACCAACAACAACCCAAGGAAAGUAUUCUUUGGCUUACGUAUCCCAGGUCACAGUCCAGUGGAGGAAGCCAAAGCAGGAAUUCAAAGCAGGACCUGAAGCAGAAGCCAUGGAGAAAUGCUGCUUAGUGCCUUGCUUCCCCUGGCUUUGCUUUCUUAUACACCCCAGGACCACAGUGGUCUGUGCACCCCCCACAUCAAUCAUUAAUCAAGAAAGCGUCAUGUAGGCUUGCCUAUAGGCCAAAUAUGGAGGCAUUUUCUCAGUUGAGAUCUCCUUUUCCCAGAUAUGUCUAGGUUAUGGUCCAGUUGAUACAAACCAACCAGGCAAUCAGUUAUAUUGACACUCUACUAUGGUCACAUAUGGAACAUGGGAGGAAACAUAGAAAGCCCCUGGUUGAAAACCACCAUACCUAAAAAGAAGACUAGGUCAUGAAUUUGAGAGGAAGGGAGAAUGGGAGGAAAUAGAGUGGGGAGAUGGGCGUGGAGAUGAUGUAAAUACAGUACUCACAUAUUGAAAUUCUCAACAAGAAAGAAAAAACAGAAAAUGGCUAAAUCAAAACAAGCUCUCUUUCUCUACCCCACUCCCACACCAAUAGAAAUGCCAGUGGUUUCUAAAUGAAAACGGUGGGUCUUUUGGAGACUUCUAAAAGCCGAGGCUUAACCAGGGCUCAUAAGAACUGGUGAAGGCCUCCAGAGGGCCACCCUACGAGUUGUCCUCUGGCGCAGAACUUCCCUUAUACUUUUUAUCCUCAUCACAUUGAUUAAUUCUCAUGAUCCAAAAUUCAUUUAGAGGACAGAAGCAAUUGAUCAUCAAAUAGUGAAAAAAAAGUUUGCAAGUUGUUCAUUGUUCUCUCCUGCCUUAAAGCUGGUAUCUUCUUUUACAGAAAGGACUUUUUCCUGGAGGAAUACAGAGAGAAAGAAAAAAGAAAUUUGGAGUAUGAGAUAUCUGCGGAGUGAAUUUUCCCUUAAUGACAACCUAGGAACUCAGGGGACUGUGAAGGUCAGGUUAGUAUGGUGCAAGUGACCAUCCCAAACACUUUCGUGAAUGCGACUGUUGGAUCUAAUGCCACUCUUCUCUGCCUUUAUACCACCACUGUGAAGUCCCUGGACAAGCUUACAAUCCAAUGGUCUUUCUUCCACAAUAAGGACACGGAGCCAGUUUCUAUUUUCUACUCUGAAGGUGGACAAGCUUCAGCUAUUGGGCAAUUCAAGGACAGAAUUAUAAGGUCGACUAAUCCAGGUAAUGCAUCGAUCACCAUUUUGCGUAUGCAACCAGCGGACAGUGGAAUUUACAUCUGUGAUGUCAACAAUCCUCCUGAUUUUGUCGGCAAAAACCAAGGCAUCCUUGACGUCACUGUGUUAGUCAAACCUUCCAAGCCCCUUUGUACCAUCCAAGGAAGACCAGAAGCAGGCCACCCUAUUUCCUUGUCUUGCUUCUCUGCCUUUGGAACGCCAUCUCCCGUGUAUUACUGGUAUAAGAUUGAGGGAAACACCAUUGUGCCAGUAAAAGAAAAUUUCAACUCGGCCACUGGAGUUUUGGUUAUCGGAAAUCUGACAAAUUUUGAACAAGGUUAUUACCAGUGCACUGCCAUAAACAGUCUUGGCAAUAGUUCCUGUGAAAUUGACUUAACCUCUUCACAUCCAGAAGUUGGAAUCAUCAUUGGGGCCUUGAUUGGUGCCCUGAUAGGUGCUGCUGUCAUCAUCUCUGUGGUGUACUUUGCAAGGAACAAAGUUAAGUCACAGCAAAGGAAGAGGGACUUAACCCCCAGCACGGAACUUGAACCAAUGACAAAGGCAAGCCAUUCCCGAGACAAUGAAACGAUUCCAGCUGAAAACAUCCAGCUAGAAGCCACUCUGCCAUCUUCCAUCCAUGAUGCCCACAACACCGAACCGACUACCACCAUUGUAGAGCCAGACUAUGAGCCUAACCCCCAGCUUGAAAGUGCCACACAGCCUGAUCCUGAACCAGAGCCUAUGCCAGCGUCUGAGAUGGAGAUUCAGCUAAAGCCAGAGCUGGAGGUGGAGCUGGAGACAGAGACAGAGCCUGAGCUCGAGUCUGAGCUCGAGCCUCAGUCUGGAAUUAUAGUUGAGCCUCUGCGUGAGGAGGAAAAAAAUCCAGUUAAGGCAUAGGCAUAGAUAGGUAUGGCCUUAAGUGUGGUAGUUCUUACUUAGGAACCUAUUCCUGGCCUUUAAAAUUCGGUGGACUUAACCAGCCUCCAGUUUGUCCUUCCAUCACAGACAACCCUCAUCUAACAACGUUGCUCAUACUCACCAUUAAUCCAAAAUAAUAAAGGCAACUACUAAAGAAAUGUACAGGUUUCUUUGUUCUUAGUAUAGAUUACUUAAAACUGUACUAAUGCAUAAACAUAACAAAUGACAAAGCCAGGAUGAAUGGUUCAUUUCUAAUUCAGUUGGAAAAGCAUUUGCAAAAGUAUGUUCUGUAUUUUGUAGUCACUCUUUUUCAUGGCUCACAUGUGCACACAAUAUGAUAGAGUUCAUUUGAAUAUUAAUUUUAGGAUUAGUUGUCUUCUCUGUUCAUUUUUUAUAUUUACCACUAAGGAAACAAUAUGACACCAUUGGCUUGAAAAUUAGAAAAAAAAACAUUUCCCCAAAAUAAGAGGGUAUGUAUCAGUUGGUAUAUACAAUUUAAAACUAAGUCUUACAAUUUAUCAUAUUAAAUCUUUAUUAAAUCACUUCAGUGUCAAACACUUGGGCAUAGCAAUUUUUUAUAACUUAUUUUUUUCACUGCCAAGUGGUGUACAGGCAAACAAUUUAGAAUAAACUUUUUCUUGGUGAACAUAAAGUGUUGUUAUUGGAGGCAGUUUUGAAUAUGCCUUUGAAUAAGCUAUUAUGUUAUCACUGUCGGAUGCUAUCUGUUUAGGCAGUAGGCUAGGAUGGUGUUCUCAGUGAACACGGUCUAUUUUAGAUAAUCUAAACUGGCAAUUUAAAUAAUCGGUUUUAUUAUUUCUGUAGUCCAUGUUAAGAGAAGCAACACUCUUAUAAAUGAUAAACAAUAAGUAAAUGCUUUGAUAAAAUCCUUUCUUCACUUUCAAAAAGCUUUUCCAUGAUCAUAUUUCACUGACACCUCACUCUGAAGAAAUUUACAGGUAGAUUUACUUUUUUUACUUGUAUAAUCAAUCAUAUCUGAAAUAUUAUUUUAAGGCUCAAUAAAUAAUACACAAUAAAAUCUUAUUUAGUGA